GAUUGCUCUAUGGCGAAGAAGAGGAGAGCUGAAGAGCAGGCACUGGGAGUGCCAGUUAACAAGAGGAAAUCUCUAUUAAUGAAACCCCGACACUACAGCCCAGACAUGGACUGCAAAGGAAACCCAGACAGCAGGAAUGAGGAUGAUGGCCUCUUAGAAACGAAUGAUCACUCCACUGCAGAGGGAAUCAUGGUAAAGCCCAUGGAUGAGACCCUUCAUUCACCUGCACAAGAAAACUCACUCCAGAAGGAAGACCAAUACAUGUGUUAUCCAGAGCUCAUGGUUAAAUCUCUAAUGCACUUAGGCAAAUUUGAAGAAAGUGUGACUAUGCAGACCAUAAAUGAGAACUUAAAUGACAGUGGCAUCCAGUCUUUAAAAGCAGAGAGUGAUGAGGCAGAUGAGUGCUUUAUGAUUCAUUCAGAGGAUGGAAGAGACAAAGUCCGUAGUUCCCAGCCACCUUUCUGCUCUUCUGGUGACAGUGAAAGUGACUCUGACAGUGCAGAGAAUGGGUGGGGCAGUGGCUCCAAUUCAUCAGAAGACACUGACCCUCAUGGAGCCCACAGACACAAGCUGACAUACAAUAGAAAGGACCUGUUGGAGGUUUCUGAGAUAAAAGCUGAAGGUGACAAAUUUAGCCCUUGUGAGAACAGGUGUGGUUCUGAUAUUGAUGGUAGAGAGCCACAGAACUCCCACAUGGAACCCUUGGCUGUCAAAGCACAGCCUUCAUUCCCAGAGGCUGAAGAUGGUGAGAGCCUGGUCCCAGUUUCAGAGGAGCCUGGAGAAAUGGAGAAAGCGAAGGGGAACCUGAGUUUGCUGGAGCAGGCUAUUGCUCUACAGGCUGAACGUGGUUCUGUCUUCCAUCAUACCUACAAGGAGCUGGACCGCUUUUUCCUGGACCACCUGGCGAAGGAACGGAGACAAACCAAGGUUACUGAUGCCAGUGGAAGACAAAUCUUUAACAAUAAACAUUCACCAAGGCCUGAAAGGAGGGAGGCCAAGUGCCCCAUCCCUGGCUGUGAUGGCACAGGGCACGUAACUGGGCUCUAUCCCCACCACCGCAGUCUUUCCGGGUGCCCCCACAAAGUGCGAGUUCCUCUGGAAAUUCUUGCCAUGCAUGAGAAUGUGCUCAAGUGUCCCACCCCAGGAUGCACAGGAAGGGGACAUGUGAACAGCAACCGCAACACUCACAGAAGUCUUUCCGGUUGUCCAAUUGCCGCAGCUGAAAAGUUGGCAAUGACACAGGACAAAAGUCAAUUUGAUUCUUCCCAAACUGGGCACUGUCCUGAGCAGGCUCACAGGACGAAUUUGGUGAAGCAAAUUGAAUUUAACUUCCGCUCACAAGCCAUCACCUCUCCAAGAGCUGCUGCAUCAAAAGAACAGGAGAAGUUUGGGAAAGUACCAUUUGAUUAUGCCAGUUUUGAUGCACAAGUUUUUGGUAAACGUCCUCCCCUACAAACAGGACAAGGACAAAAAACACCACCAUUUCCUGAAUCAAAGCAUUUUUUAAAUCCAGUGAAAUUUCCUAAUGGGCUGCCUAGUGCUGGCGCCCACACACAGAGCACAAUCCAUGCCAGCUCUUAUGGCCAUGGUCAGUGCAGUGAAGACACCCACAUAGCAGCAGCUGCUGCCAUCCUGAACCUUUCCACCCGCUGCAGGGAAGCCACAGACAUCCUCUCCAACAAACCACAGAGCCUGCGUGCCAAGGGAGCUGAGAUAGAAGUGGAUGAAAAUGGCACAUUGGACUUAAGCAUGAAAAAACCCCGAAUCCUGGACAAGCCUAUACCCCCAACUUCCCCUCACACUACAAUUACAACCCCGUCUUCUUCCCCGUUUAAAGCAAGCAGCCUUCUUGUCAAUGCCACAUUCUAUCAGGCUCUUUGUGACCAAGAAGGCUGGGAUGUGCCCAUCAACUAUAGCAAAACCCAUGGAAAGACAGAGGAGGAGAGAGAGAAAGACCCUAUGAACUCCCUUGAAAAUUUAGAGGAAAAAAAGUUUGCUGGAGAGGCCUCUAUUCCAAGCCCAAAACCCAAGCUCCAUUCAAGAGAUCUCAAGAAAGAGCUAAUCACCUGCCCAACACCAGGAUGUGAUGGAAGUGGCCAUGUCACAGGCAACUAUGCAUCUCACCGCAGUGUGUCUGGAUGUCCUCUAGCAGACAAGACUCUUAAGUCCCUCAUGGCUGCCAACUCUCAGGAGCUUAAGUGUCCAACCCCAGGUUGUGAUGGUUCUGGGCAUGUGACUGGAAACUAUGCUUCCCACAGAAGCUUGUCUGGUUGCCCUCGUGCAAGGAAAGGUGGCAUCAAAAUGACUCCUACCAAGGAAGAAAAAGAAGACUCUGAACUGAAAUGUCCUGUAAUAGGAUGUGACGGCCAAGGUCACAUAUCAGGUAAAUACACAUCACAUCGCACAGCUUCUGGCUGUCCUCUGGCUGCCAAGAGACAGAAGGAGAAUCCCCUCAAUGGGGCCCCUCUCUCCUGGAAACUGAACAAGCAAGAACUCCCUCACUGCCCCCUGCCAGGAUGCAAUGGGCUGGGUCAUGUAAAUAACGUUUUCGUCACCCACAGAAGCUUGUCUGGAUGCCCUCUCAAUGCACAAGCUAUCAAAAAGGUCAAGGUCUCUGAGGAACUAAUGACCAUCAAGCUCAAAGCAACUGGGGGUAUUGAUGGUGAUGAAGAAAUUAGGCAUUUGGAUGAAGAAAUAAAGGAACUGAAUGAAUCCAACCUUAAAAUUGAAGCAGAUAUGAUGAAACUUCAGACCCAGAUAACAUCUAUGGAGAGCAACUUGAAGAGCAUAGAGGAGGAGAACAAGCUUAUAGAACAGAGCAAUGAGAGUCUGCUGAAGGAACUGGCAGGGCUCAGCCAGGCUCUCAUCUCCAGCCUUGCUGACAUCCAGCUGCCACAGAUGGGGCCUAUCAAUGAGCAGAAUUUUGAAGCAUAUGUAAAUACUCUCACAGACAUGUACAGCAAUCUGGAACGGGACUAUUCCCCAGAAUGCAAAGCUCUGCUGGAAAGCAUCAAGCAGGCGGUGAAGGGCAUCCACGUGUAG